UUAUGUUAAACUAAAUUUAUUCUUUAGAUGAGCGAAACUAAUAGAUCUUACUGAACAAUUAUUUGUUGAAGAUGAUACCAGGAGGAGGAGAUGGCUCUUUUCAAAGUCAAUCAAUCGUUGUGACUGAAGAAAAGGGAUUCUUAAUCAAAGUAGUCAAUAUUGAAAAUAUUAUACCUCCGAAAAAUAUAAUAGUCAAAGUGGACUUCAAUGGGAACAAUGUGGGGACAUCUCCAACAGUUUCCUCAGAUGAUAAAGACGUCCAAAUGAACUGGGAAGUGUUAUAUCAAAUUCCUCAACUUACAGAAACUGAUAUAGACAGUCUAAUUGCUCAUCCAUUAUUGUUUUCAGUACUGUAUGAGGAUGUGUUGCCGGCUGAGGAACCAAUUAUUAAAGGUGAGAAAGGAAAAAAGAAAAGCACGACUAAGAAACUAUCUAGCCCAAAAAGCCCUGCGAAAAAGGGAAUAUUGGCAGGAGAAGAUAGUGGGGUAAGCGUUGGAAAGAAGGUAAAGAAGUCAGAGAGCUCGAAAAGUAAAAUUUCAAAGAAAACCUUAGACGAGAGUGUAGAGAAAUCUAAUGAAUCAUUUUCAACUCUUGGAAUGGCCAAUCUUGAUUUAAUUCCAUUGAUGCAAGGAAAAUCUGAGAUAGAAGAACUCGUACUCAUUUAUCCUCCAGCAGAGGGCAAGGGUAGCCAAGCUAUAGCCUGGGCCAAUCUACCGAAAAUGAAAGUGUCAAUUGUUGGACAAGGAAACAUAACAGAUGCGUUUCAAUGCAGCAUAGCCAAUAUAUUUUAUUUCACCCUGGAAUCCCUGCACAACAUCACUCCAGAGUUCAGUGAAAACAUUGAAGUUGCCACAAUAUUGCCCCGGCCCGAGGAAUUUGAAGUAGUAAAGUUUACUAAUGGACAAGUUGUUACGGAUAACAAUACUUUGACUCCUAGAAGAAAGAAGUGGUUUGGACUGAGCGCUUUGGAGGGACAAGCAGCUAUGUCACUAUACAGCAAUGAAGACAACCUAAGUGAUGUACAAAACGCGAUGGAUUUUCAAGUGUCGCACAAAACUUUACAUUCUAUUCCGAGGAUCCAGUGGAACCAACUGUUGAGAAGUUUCAUUAAUGAAGAGUCCCAAACAACGUUUAAAAACAAACUGAUCAAAUACCGCUGCUGGCCACUUGAAAUUAUCACUCCAGAAUCAACUGAGAAAAGGAAAGAUCCUUCAGAAUCAAAAAGUAAGGAUGGAAGGAAGGAAUCUGUGGCGAAAAGCAGAGGUAGAAGUUCAAGAUACGGUACAACCAGAAGUGCUAAUCAUUUUAUAGCAUUUUUAGACCUGUCUAGGUUACUAUAUCCUGGAGUGACCAGUACGAAGGUAGUGACACAGUUGUACACGUUUGUGGAAGGUGCGAUGGCACGUGAAUUCGGGUCAGAGCACGAAAUGUUCCAGCUGUCCCGAGCUCCGUCUGUGGCAAAGGUCGACAAGUCAGUAAAGAGCGGAAAUUCCAAGAAGGAUCAGAGCAGAGCAACAACGCCCAAAACGCCUAAAAAGGGGAAAGUUUCCAUUGCGCCCCAAGUUAUCGAAGAGGAACCUGCUUUACCUCCCGAGCCAGAGCCAGUAUUCAAUGCUGAUGGGGACCCAGUGUUUGUUAUGGUCCAAGUUGAGCUCCUGAAACCACUUAUUAAGGAACGGACCAUCACAGAAAUAUCAGCCAGAAUCGAAGAAAUAAUUCCUAAAAGACGGGAAGUAUCAAAAAGCGAACAAUCAAAAAUUGAUGCCAUCCAAAGUUUUGAGGCUUGCAUCCAGAGUCUUAUCUAUGCCUUACAGGAGGAAUACCAGUUCUUCAAUAAUAAAAACGAAAAGAUUCCUGCAGAGAGGAUUUGCAAGAAUUUCCUGAUGCAUUUGCACAUGACAGGAGCCUAUACCCGAAUGAAGGAGAGUGUUAAGGAGGUGGUGGAAGCUUACAUACGUGAAGGUCUUGGAUUCCCUCACAAACUAAACUUUCUGGAUGCAAAACAACAGGAAAACCUGACUGACAUCUACUCAAGCCUGGUGUCCAAGAUGUGUUGUGUUGUGAAUUCCAAAUGUUGCAUCGAUGUUGAGGAGUAUGAUGUGGUGGUCUCCAACAAUAGCCUAUUGUUCUUUGCGAUUGAGGCUAUGGAGGAGGAUCGCUAUGAGAAAGCUCAAGAAUACUUGUUACAGAGGUUAGACAAGACUGAAAAGGCUGAUCCUCAGUUUUGGGUGGAUUACGCUAAGUUUUGGGUCAAGAAACUGGAGUUUGAGAAGGCUGGAGAAUGCACUAGAGAAGCCAUCUCUAUUGAUCCCACUUACAUCCCUGCGCUUUCAUUUCUCGGACUGUUGAGUUGGCUGACUGAAGACUUCUCCACAGCUGAAAUAUUUCUUGUAGCUGCUGUCACAUUCAACCCUCACGCCAUGGACAGCUGGCUGAUUCUACACAUGUUCCACAAGCAGAUGAAUCAGUUGGACGAAGCCAAUGCGGAAUUGCUGAACGGGAAAAGGUGUAUGGAGGUUGUAUCCAUGCAGCCCAUCAGGCACACAGGUCCUCAGCUGGUUUGGUGUCCAGAAAUGGUGGAGAAGGAGAGGAUCUUCCUCAUCACCGCUGUGAACUUGAUACGUCUGUUUUUCCCAGAGUUGGCGGAACUGGCUCUGUCGUACGACCUGUUGCAGCAUGGUCGCACAAUUGGUUACCUGUAUUACUUGGCAGUAUGCCACUACUACCAGGGCAGAUACAGAGACAGCCUCAACCACAUUGAGGAGGCCCUCAAGAUAGACUGGGAGGAAGAUCGUCUGUGGUUUCUGAAAGGCCACAACUUAUACAAACUGAAGUUCUUUACUGAAGCGAAAGAAGCCUUCCAGUUUGCAUUCAACUUAUGUGAGAUCACUGAUGAAAACCAUCAUCUGGUUAAAUUAAGACUGGGGAAUAUCUUCUUGAGUGAAGGUGACCACCAAGAGGCCCAUGCUUACUACCUGGAUAUCUGCUCCAACAGUCCAACACCUCUCUCUUGGCUUGGGCUUGGUGUUACAGCCUUCUUGAACCAUGACUUGGAUGAUGCUGAACUGGCAUUGAGUGAAGCCAACCUGUUGGACUGCCGGUUGUCUCAAGUCUGGGGCUAUUUGGCUCUGGUGAACCUGCUGAUGGCACGCCCUGAGAUCUACCAUCGAUGCCUGAGUCAAGCUCUGCGGUAUGGUUUGGACGAUCCUGUACUUCUUGAGAGACUUAACAUUCUGGGACAUCUGGUAGAGCCAUCUUGAGACUUUCAUGUCAUAUUGAGUUAAUUCUACGUUAUAAUUUAUUUCACUAAAUAAAUGUUUUUCAUGAGAA